AUGGCAAGAAGGCAGGGGCCAUCCUGGCCUGGUGGCGCCCACCGGGCCUUGAGCCUCUGCUUUUCACCGCCUGGCGCCAGCUGGCAUGAUGACCCCCAGCCGCGCGGCUGCGUUCGACACCUCUCAGGCUUAAUAUCUCCUUCGGCGCACUGCCGUCAUUCCCGACGACACGGAUUCCGCAAUCCAAGAGUUCAAACCCUCCCAGCAAAUUGUUCAGUCUAUAGACCCUCCACCCCACAGCACGGAUUCAUCUCCAUAUCCGACGGCGGUUUUCGAGCAUGGCUCUCUGUCCUCGGAGGGCGCGUCCUCUAUAUGGCAUAUUAUGCCGUUCGUUUCUACUUCACAUUCGCCGGCGCCCCAACUUCGUCCAACCUUUUCCUGCUGUUCUCGGUCGGCCUUCCGGCGGGCAAGCUCUUUGAUUCGGGGUACUUUCAUGCCACCACCGUCUUCGGCACUGUAUUCUAUGUCUUCUCCAUCUUCAUGCUCUCCUUGGCCGAUUUUCUCAAAUGUUACUCAUCCUCGCUCAGGGUGUCGGCAUGGGCCUCGGCAGUGGGCUACUCCUCUGCUUUCUCUAUACAGGCUCACCGCUGGAAGAGACGGCAUUCGCUCGCUAUGGGAAUCGUGGCGACGGGUUCUGGAUUUGGUGGCAUUAUCUACCCAAUCAUGCUGAACCAGCUCUUUCAUAUUGCUGUGGGAUUCGCAUGGGGCGUGCGUGCUGCUGCGUUUCCUACACCCGGUCUCUUGAUCAUUGCUAACUGCGUUAUGACCACCUGUCUCCCAACCGCCAAAGCUAGCGGACUUUCCCCCAAACCGGAGUUUCUGAUGAUAUUCACUGACGUCGCACAUGUGCUACCUCACCGUAAUUUCCUGGUCCUAUGGGGCGUGUUCUUCCCCUAUUUAUAUAUACAGCUAUGGAUCAACGAGCAGGGGCUCUCAAGCACGUUAGGCUUCUAUUCUAUCUCUAUCCUGAAUGGGUCAAUUUUUGGACGGAUCAUUCCGAACGUGGCUGCAGACUACGUCGGCCAGUUCAACCGCGACGUCCGUCGGUACCGUCAUCGUGUUCGCUGA